GAGCGCUGAAGGUUCGGGCUGAGUUUUGGUAUAUAAAUUGCCACCCGAAAUAUUUCCGGUAGUAUAACUCACCUGUUCACCAACCCAAUCACACUAAGCCAGAACAUGCGUGGUUUUUUAGUAUUGUGCUUCUCAGCUCUAGCUGUUGCUGCUCCCCAGGGAUACAACUAUCCACAAACUCCUAGCCAGCAAUCAGGAUUUGUACAACAAUCACCAUCUGUGAACAACCAAUACCUGGCUCCUAUAAUUAGUAGCCAUCAGGAUGCUUCUAGCAACCAUCUACAAUUUCGUUCGCCUUUAUUGCUAGCACCCCAACAUCAACAAGGCCUUUCUCUGUCAUCGCCUUCCUCCGGAUCCGUUCAACAACAAGUCGCGCCCAAGCCAGAAGUUCGUAUCUCAAAGCGAUUCUUCAUUCAUUCUGCUCCCGAGGAAGAAGACGAGGACUACAAAGAGAAGCAUUUGACUGUUGGAACACCAAGCAAGAACUACAAUGUCGUUUUCAUCAAGGCACCUGCUAAAUCCGGAAAGAAACAAUCCAUUAAGAUCACUCCAGCCCUCAACGAAGAGAAGACUGUCAUUUAUGUGCUCAGCAAGAAGACCGAUGCUUCAGAUAUUGACGCACACAUACAAGAAUUACCUUCAACAACAACCAAACCUGAGGUGUACUUUAUCAAAUACAAGACCCCUGAGGAAGCUGCACAUGCCCAGGAAAAAAUUCAAGCUGAGUACGACAGUUUGGGUGGAACCAGCCAAGUCAGCAAUGAAGGAAUAGCACCAGUGACAUCGGUUAUCGGUGCCAUCGAAGAAAAGUUCAAUCAACAGCAAGAAGAACAACAACUAGCUUCAAUUACACCAGUAGGAGGUAAUACCUUCCAGGAAAACAAUUUUCCAUCAGCAGCAGGAGCCUUGUCAAUUUCCAAUUCUGUAAACUCGAAUAAUGGAUACUUGCCACCAAACUAUUAUUAUUAACCUGAGUGAUAGUUUGUUAGUUUUAUAUUUUAGUUAUUAUUGUUGUUUUCGUUACGCUGAAUUGUAUCUUUAAAUAUUUUGUUUCUGUGUACAUAUGAUUGUAUGUUGUAAUCCUGAUUAAAUAAUUUUUAUACGCAA